GCCCCGCCCCCCGGCCCAGAAGGCCUCGCAGGGACAGGGCCCGCGCGUCGGGAGCCGAGUCCAGGUGCGCGUUCCAGCCGCAGCAUGAGCGCCCCCGCCGCGCCCCCCAUCUUCGCCCCGGGCGAAAACUGCAGCCCCGCGUGGCAGGCGGCGCCCGCGGCCUACGACACGGAGGACAUGCACCUGCAGAUCCUCGGCAAGCCGGUGAUGGAGCGCUGGGAGACCCCCUACAUGCACGCGCUGGCGGCCGCCGCCGCCUCCAAAGGGGGCCGGGUCCUGGAGGUGGGCUUCGGCAUGGCAAUCGCGGCCUCCAAGGUGCAGGAGGCUGCCAUCGAUGAGCACUGGAUCAUCGAGUGCAAUGAUGGCGUCUUCCAGCGGCUCCAGGCCUGGGCCCAGCGGCAGCCACACAAGGUGGUUCCCUUGAAAGGCCUGUGGGAGGACGUGGCGCCUACGCUGCCAGACGGCCACUUUGACGGGAUCCUGUAUGACACGUACCCGCUGUCUGAGGAGACCUGGCACACGCACCAGUUCAACUUCAUCAAGGGCCAUGCCUUCCGCCUGCUGAAGCCUGGGGGCAUCCUCACCUACUGCAACCUGACCUCCUGGGGGGAGCUGUUGAAGUCCAAGUACUCGGACAUCGUCACCAUGUUCGAGGAGACACAGGUGCCCUCCCUGCUGGAGGCAGGCUUCAGGCGGGAGAACAUCCGCACAGAGUUGAUGGAGCUGGUCCCACCCGCCGAGUGCCGCUACUAUGCCUUCCCACAGAUGGUCACCCCCCUGCUCACCAAGCACUGAGCCCGCCGGGCCUCCGGCUCAACCACCGCUGGGCUUUAGUCCUGUCCCCAAGCCCCCACUCAGUGCCUCUGCAGCUGGGAGUGCAGGCUCUGGGCUCACAGCCCUGCGUUCGGGUCCAGACGCACACCCGCAGGAGGACGGAAGGCAAGAGUCCCGGACCUUCCCUGCAGUGGGGAUCCCACGACUCUCCUGUCCACGUGCUUGAGGAUAAAAUAAAUGCUAACUCUGGGCUUGCCCAACCAGCA